AUGGACGGAGCGGCGGAGCCCGAGGCGCGCACGCUGGUGAAGCGCGGAGCGGGGAGCGGCGGCCGCGGUAAUUGGUCUGGGAGUCUUGUUGCAGCCUCCUUAACUGGUGCUUUUGGGUCGUCUUUUCUUUACGGCUACAAUCUGUCGGUGGUGAACGCUCCCGCAGGGUUUAUCAAGAAGUUUUACAAUGAAACUUGGGAGAGGAGAUAUGGCUUCUCAGUGGAUGAAGGCACGCUGACACUCCUCUGGUCAAUAACCGUUUCCAUUUUUGCCAUCGGUGGCCUUGUGGGUGCCAUUAUUGUAACCCCAAUUGUGAAGUUCUUUGGGAGGAAAUGCACAUUGGUGCUCAAUAAUGUGUUUGCAGUGGCAGCUGCCCUGCUGAUGUCCCUGUCCUUGCUGGCUGGAUCGUUUGAAAUGCUCAUCCUGGGCCGCAUCAUCAUGGGAGUGGAUGCAGGCAUUUCAUUAAGUGCCCUCCCCAUGUAUUUGAGUGAAAUAUCUCCUAAGGAAAUCCGUGGUUCAUUGGGUCAGGUCACAGCCAUUUUCAUUUGCAUUGGUGUUUUCACUGGUCAAGUUUUGGGGCUGCCAGAAAUAUUUGGGCAAGAAUCUCGGUGGCCUUUCUUAUUUGGAGCCAUCAUUGUUCCAUCAUUGAUACAAGUUGUGAUUCUGCCCUUUCUUCCCGAAAGCCCUCGGUACCUCCUUCUCGAAAAGCAUAACAGGAGCAAGGCAGAAAAAGCCUUUCAGAGAUUCCUUGGGAAAGGCGAUGUGUCUCAGGAGAUAGAGGAAGUCUUGGCAGAGUCUCGGGCCCAGAGGAACACCAAGCUGGUGUCGGUGCUUCAGCUGCUGCGAACGCGCGCGGUGCGAUGGCAGAUCCUGACCGUGGUCGUCACCAUGGGCUGCUACCAGCUCUGUGGGCUGAAUGCUAUCUGGUACUACACAAACAACAUCUUUAGUGAGUCUGGGAUCAAUCGUGAAACAAUCCCUUAUGUUACACUAAGUACUGGUGGUGCUGAGACUCUGGCUGCUGUUUUUUCUGGCUUGGUUAUUGAGCGGCUUGGGCGCAGGCCUCUCCUCAUUGGAGGCUUUGGGCUGAUGAUCGUCUUCUUCGCAGUGCUCACUGUCUCCCUGACCUUACAGAACACUGUGUAUUGGCUUCCUUACCUCAGUAUAUUUUGUAUCCUUGCAAUCAUUGCAUCGUUCUGCAUUGGACCAGGUGGGAUUCCCUUUGUCCUCACUGGAGAGCUUUUCCAGCAGUCACAGAGGCCAGCUGCAUUCAUGAUAGCUGGGACAGUCAACUGGCUCUGCAACUUCGCAGUGGGACUGCUCUUCCCCUUCAUCCAGGCUGGUUUGCAGACCUACUGCUUCCUAGUGUUUGCUGGCGUCUGCUUUGCAGGAGCAGCAUACCUGUUUUUUGUCCUGCCUGAAACAAAAAAUAAGACAUUUCAUGAGAUCAGCCAAGCAUUUGCCAAAAGGAAUAAAGUAACUUUAGAAAUGCAAGAGAUGAACCACUACCCAGGGGAGAGGAAACCAAGUGAAGAACAAGAAUCAAACUUCACAUCUCCAGUGGACAAUGGGGAAACCAUAAAAGGGAUUGUGUAAACCCAGCAUGUUCUUUCAGGGGAUGGGGGAGAGAGUGCUCUUUUUAUUUAUAGCAGUGCACAACUUGUAUAUUUUACGAAGAUCAUGAAAUGCUUCUCCUUUGAAAAUGUUCUAAGUGAGUAUGGGUGAACUCAUUAGCAGCUGGGCUAACAGUUGAGACAAUGAGGGGUGGAGGAGAGGCAAUCGAUAAAUUAAAUGAGAUGGAGUUUCCUUGGCACCUGUGAAGCAGGUGAGUGGUGAGUGGGAUGGGGAAUGUAGACUUGGAGAUGUGAAGUGGCAGUGGGGAGCCAGGUGUUGAGCAGCAGCUGGCUGAGCACCCCUCUGUGUUCGCAGGGAGGUGGGCACACUCUCUGCAAGAGGAGGAGGCAGAGAAAGGGAAGAGAUCCCAGUGGGGACUGCUGAGAAGCAAACCUGGAAUGGCACCAGAAUGAAUUUCUCCAUGAUUCCCAAAAUGUCAUUCAAGCUCCCCACGAGAUCUGACAUGGCACUUCCCUGACCUCCCAUUCCUUUUCUAGCUAUUUUGACUUUCAGCUGCAUUGUUUGAACAUCUCCCACCUUCCCACAAAUGGGCAGCUCUGGGUCCUGAUGAGUUUCCUUGUCUCACUUGCAAAUUCUGAUUCACUAGUAAUAGAGUUUGUAAAAAUCGUGCUCAACAAGAGUUGUCUCUAGUUUCUGGGUUUGCUGGCACUGCAUUUCUCUGAAUAUAUAUAUUUACAUAAUUUUAAUUUUUAAACUUAAAAAGUUUAAUAUAAAGGAAAACUAAACCUCAUGGGGAAGAGAGAGAACUCUGAUGGUAUGUGUAGGGCAUAGUAUUGAAACAAAAAUUCAAACAUGAAGUGUUCCAAGGUUAGGGUUUUUAAUUUUUUUGUUUGUUUGUUUAUUGCUUUUUUUUCAAAUUCCUUUUAAAACAAGUCUUAGGAGCCCAAAUUUCUCUGAGACCUGACAAUUUAGUUCUAUUAAGAACUAAAUUGUCAGGUCUCAGGGUAAUACUAGAUGUCUGCAUAGGAAUUUAGACCCCUAUUUCUUAAACACUAAUUUUUAUUUGGGCAUUAGAUUCUGAAGCACCAGGCCUAGCUCUUAUUACCAAGUUUCUAAGCUAUCUAAAGCUUUGUAAAACUGCUUGAUUUCAUGAGAGAAAGACUCAGCAGGCUCUCAGUGGUUCAGUCACCAAUUAAUGGGAUUUUUUUUCUUAAUCAUCUUUACAUCAUCUUUACAGUUUGUAAUUUUGAUAACAGUUUUUCUUGAUCCCUCUAGGUACCUGGAUGUUGAUGUAAAAAGAAUUUUUAAAUUAAAUAGCUGUUUUAUAUGGAAAGUCAGUAAGUCUUUGAGCUGCUCUCAGUUAGGAGUAAGACACAAGAAGAAAGUGCAGCAUGUAGGUAGAGUCAACUGCUUCCACAAGUUGUAUUUACUAAUCUAGAAAUUCAUUAAUUUGGAGCAUUUUUGCAAGAAAAUUUGCAUAUAUAUUCAUAUAUGUAUGCAUACCUGAAUAUAUAUGUAUAUACAUUCCAAGCAUAGAUGUAUAUUAAUAUUCAGUGGCUUAAUAUUAGUGCCUUUAAGGUGAAAGAGGGUAGAUAGAGAUUGGAUAUUAGGAAGAAAUUCUUUUCUGUGAGGGUGAUGAGGUACUGGAGCAGGUUGCCCAAAGAAACUGUGGCUGCCCCAUCCCUGGAAUUGUUCAAGUCCAGAUUGGAUGGGGCUUUGAGCAAUCUGGUCUAGUGGAAGGUGUCCUUGCCCAUGGUGGGGGAUUGGAACAAGAUGAUCUUUAAGGUGCCUUCCAACCCAGGCUAUUCUAUGAUUCUGUGAUUUAUAUUCGUGUAUAUACACACACAGUGGAUAAUUAUUUUCUGGUAUCUGCAGGGGGAGGGGGGGGUUGUUUGUAUUUCUCCAAGUAAUAAGCUCAUUUUUGUUUUGUUCUACACUGUAAAUUACACUGUAAAUUAUAAUCAGAGAUCCUAACGUUCAGCUGUUACUACUAAUUUAUGCAUAUAGUUUUAUACUGUGAUUUAUUUGUAUAUGGCAUAUUUACCACAGACAUUGUAAGCUGACCUAAUAGGGCAAUUUCAUUACUAGGUAAUUGACAAAAAAUUGAUGGGUGCUUUUAUGCCAGACUUUAUGGAGUUUUUUUCCACUGGGAUAGAAGUACAGCAGUAAGAAAAUUAAAUAUAUGUGAGAAAGAUAAUUGAGAAUGAAAAAUAAAAAAUUUAUGGGUUUGGUGCUACUAUUAAGAAAGAGAGAAAAGUGGGAUUAUUCCAACAGACAGUCAUAAAUGGAAGUUAAUCAAAUACUGUGGAGAAAACUGAACAAAAAUAUUGUUUUAAUAACCACUUGUAAAAUUAUAUAUACAGCAAAUGAAAGUACUACCUUUCAGUGCCUUUAGUUCCCUAUUCCAAGGGUUACAUGAGGCUUGCAAGGUGAGUGGUUAUGUAAACACUGAGUGUGAAUGCCAGCCCUCAAGAAAAUGUUAUGAAAAAUUUCUUCCUUUUUUGCCUUCAGGGCAAGACUGGCAAAUUCAGACCUUCUGCUUCAGACUGGGAAUUACUUCACUUUGUAGUUAGGGCUACUAACAUGGUAUGAUGAGAUGUGCUUUGAGCCAUGGUGGAAAAUUGGAAACCAAUAUUAUUAGAAUGAGCAGAAUUUAGCACUUAGUGCUGUUCAUCAGCAUACAUUAUAGACACUGUUGAAAAUGUUACCACUGGAUAACUUCAAUUAAAUAUCAUGCUGACCUGAUACAGCAGUUGUAUCAGAAAUCAGGACUUCUGCAACAAGAUAAAAUCAUCUUACAUUUGCCUACAGUUGCAUUUGGAGCCCAGCUCUGAAUGCAUGGGUAGAGAUGUCUGAUAGAAUUUCCUAUCACAGCUCGGGGGCCCUGUACAGCAUUAGCAGCAAGGGGUCAUGUUUUCAUUUCUGCAAUGCCAUUUGCCCUCUCCUGUCCUGCCUGAGAUGGGCACACACUUUCUGUGUGGCUGCAAAGAGCUGCUACAGACUGAGCACGGUGUGGGACGGGGGUUCCACAUCUCACCUGAUUUUUCUUGCCAUCCAAUGGUCAAAGCAAUUCCAGGCCAAGCUAGUGCUCUGUUCACUAGCCAGGGAAGUGUCUUCUGCCUUGGGCUGUGGGAGUUGUGCCAGUACUUCAUUAACUUUCUCAUCUCUGACCCUAACGAGUGUGUUGUUCUUGAAGUUGUUCCAUACAGUUUUUUUCCAUUGUUACGCUGCUAUAAUUUUUCCAGCAAGGAGAGGACCACAUGGAAAAUAUCAGCAACUUACAGUUUAUUUUUUCUUGUUGAAUGUAUCUAAUUGUCAAUAGCCUGUGUGUUUGUCAGCAAGUGUUGUGUGAUGCCACAUUUCCUUUUCCUGUCUGACAUUGGGGUGAGGUACUGUGAGAUGGUGUUUGUAUGGGUACCCAAGUCUGUGUGAUCCACUAUGUCCAUGAACAGUGAUUGCAAAAUAAACCUUUGGAAUAAAAUUGAAA